AUGGUGAAAUUGAGAUUGACGAAGACGGUAAAUGAGAAGUUGAACUCGAUCUUAAAAAAUUAUCGAUCAGAACUACCAAGUGAACUUCUUAUAAGGCUUCAACCUCAAGAUCUCGAUACUCCCUCAUCAGAUAUCGAAGGUUUUCAUUGGAUACAUCAUUCUACUCUUGCUGAUCUCAUUAGUUUAAUUCGCGUAUGUGAUAGAAAAGCAGGCCGUCAAUGCCAGUGGUCUUUGGCUGAAUUGCUCAAAGGCGUAGAUAUUUAUACAUGCCCAAAACCUAUUCGUCAUGGAUCAAUAGAACUAGAAAAGAUAUUAAGUAAUAUUAAAUUAAAUCAAGAAAAAGAUGAAUACGAACGAAUGAUUUCAACAAGUUCUUCAAGACCAUUUCUAAAAGAUCAAUUCUUGAAUGAAAAAGAAAAACAAGAAUGGAAUUAUAUUUCACGGUCAAUAACUUUAUUAAUCAAUAGUGCAUUUUCGAUUAUUGGUUUAAUGAUUUCUAUUUAUUGGUUAGGUUAUGUUAAUUAUGGUUGGUCGAUUGAAAAAACUUUGGUAGGCUGUUUGUUUGGUGCUUUGGGUUUAGGUGGUGUAGAAUUGAUUCUUUGUUGGAAUUAUCUUUGA